GUGUUACUAGUGCAGAGAGAGAGCUAGUCAUUCUAUUAUAUGGCUUCUGGUUGGUUUGUUUAGUAUUCUGCACGUUCCUGUCACUAUGUCAUCACAUGUAGUAGGCACAGCUAUCUCUCACUCUGACCCAGGCUUACAGACGCUCACAGGAUAGCGGUGAAGGUGACGCGCAGAAUGCAGUAUUUUGUGGCACGCAGAAAAUUCCAGGUAUGAAAAACUGAUUGCUUGCACAAAAAGUUAAGUAGAUGUAGGGCUUGGAAACUAAGGCUUGGAAGAGAGAAUAGAGAAUGGCAGAGGUAAAGACUGAGAAAGAUACCACCAUAUUGAUAUUAAUAAGCAUCUAUAUUCAAUACAGCAAUGCUUUCCGGCCAUUCCAUUUAUUAGAGAGCAGUGUUAUUAUAUCACUGUUUAUCAGGUUAGGUUAGGGCUAGAAUUAGGGAUACCAAAGAGUUUAAGGACUACCCACAUGAGUUGCACUUAAAGGAAAACUACAGGGUCAGGAACAGAAAUAUGUUUUGCUGACCCUAUAGUGUUAAAACCACCAUUUACGUAGCUUGCCCCCGCCCCCCCCCCUUAGCCCCCUUAAAAGGUAAAAAAAAGGGUACCUUUUUUCCUGCGCCAUGCAAGUCCGCCGGCGCUGGCCCUAACCUCGAUCUGCCUUCUGACAUCAUCAGAAUGUAUGAUUUCAGACAACUCAAUGCUUUCCCAUAGUGAGGAGAUGGGAUGGGAUGGGGUGGGGCGAAAUAGUGGCUUGGCCAAUCAGCACCUCCUCAUAGAGAUGCAUUGAUUUAAUGCAUCUCUAUGAAGAAAGGUCAGCACCUUCAUGCAGAGUAUGGAGACGCUGAAUGACAGUGCUUCCCACUGUGCAGCACUGCCCCGGGAAGCACCUCCAGUGGCCACUUCCUCCCUAGGGGGCAAUGUAAGCACUGCCUUUUGGCUAAAAUGGCAGUUUUUACAUGAAAAUGCCUUCAGGGAAUGAUUAUACUCUCCAGAACAACUACAUUAAGCUGUAGUUGUUCUGGUGACUAUAGUGUCCCUUUAAAGGGACACUAUAGUCAUCAACAGAACUUCAGCUUAAUGAAGCAGUUAUUGUGUAUAGAUCAUGCCACUGCAGUCUCGCUGCUCAAUUCUCUACAAUUUAGGAGUUAAAUAACUUUUGUUUCGGUUCAUGCAGCCAUAGCCACACCUCCCCUGGCUGUGACUGACAGUCUGCAUGAAAACAAAAUGGGUUCAUUUUCAAUCAGAUGUUAACUUGCGUUAAACGUUUUUAUCUCCUUCUCUGUAAAUCGAACUUUAAUUAUAUACAGGAGGCUCCCACAGGUUCUAGCAGGCUAGUAACAGAGCAGGAGUGAAUAAAUUCUAAAUUAAACAGAAUUUGCAAUAAAGGAAGUUUAAGCAUCAGAUUUCUCUUUACAGGAAGUGCUUAGGAAGGCUGUGUAAAUCACAUGCAAGGAGGUGUGACUAGGGCUAAAUAAACAAAGUGAUUUAACUCGUAAAUUGUGGGUAAUUGAGCAGUCAGACUGCAGGGACAUGAUCUAUACAAUAAUACUGCAUCAUUAAGCUAAAGUUGUUCUUGGGUGACUACAGUGCCUUUAUGUUGUAAUGGAUGUAAUAGUUCAGGGGUAGGCAACCUUUGGUACGCCAGUUGUUAUGGACUACAUCUACCCUAAUGCUCUUACAGCUAUAAUGCUGGCAAAGCAUCAGGGGGAGUCUACAACAUCUGGAGUUCCGAUGGUUGCCUACCCCUGUAUAAUAGUUCAUAUGUGUGGUUGUUGAUUCAAGGAGAUAAGUGAUUAUCAUAGUGAAGUCAAAAUGUUUAUUCCCAUCUUUGCGGCACAUUUGGAAAUUGCUUCAGAUUGGAGUUUUUCCUACUUCUGAAUCAACAUUAGAAACAGUUAAGUGGAAGGUUGAACUAUGAAUCUUUUAAAAUCUAGAUUACUAUAUCAGGGCUCCAAAUUUACACUCAACCCCUAGACAUUUUUGAGCGCCAAUUUAGCUCAGGUGAGUAGAACACCACCUUGUAAGCAUACAUUUUUACGGCGAGGCUAGUGGACUGUAUGUCCCUUAAUUUCAGCAUGUUAAACCAUAAACACUGUCAAACAGCAUUAUAUAGUAUACCACAUGCUUAAAUAUGCAUGUGGUGUACUAUAUAAUGCUAUAUACAGAAUGUAAUGUUAUUACAUUUUGUAUCCAUGGAUGCAAAGAUGUUUGAGAUUAUCAACAGCAUUAAUGAAUACAGCAUUGCUAUACUAUCUAUUUAUAUUAUGCUAUUUUGAUUGGCAGGAAUUAGAACCUUUAGGGAGAUCCAGAUUGUUCCAGAUCCAGAUUAUUAGAAUAUGAUAAUGUACUUUAUACCAGUGGUUCCCAAACCAUUCCUCAUAGCCCACCAACAAUCUAGAAUGUAUGCAUUUCCCUUUUUUAUUCCUAUGGCGUUACUGACAAAACCUGGACUGUUGGUGCGUCAUGAGGACUGGUUUGGAAACCACUGAUCUAUACCUUUUGGAAUUAUAGUUAGUACAUUUCUAUGACCAGCUAUGUUUCUAACCCACUCUCCCAGCAAGCUCGCAAACCAUAUGACGUGAGGGAUGUGAUCGAGCAGUACUCCCAGGGACAUCUUAACAUGAUGGUGCGGAUCAAGGAGCUGCAGAGGAGGUACUAGUUCUUGCAGAGGCAGGGACCCCUAUUAUAAGAAUUCCUGGGAAAAUAAAAACAUAAUAUCCCCCACAAGAGAAGAUAUUUGCAGUAACAGAGACCAUCUCUUCUAAAUGUGGGGCGAGCACACACAUGAAGUAUUGUGAUUAGAAAGGAAAAUUGCUUUUAGCCUAGGAACCCUCAAUUUUCUUGGCGGUAUUAAGUUCCUCUUAUAUAUCAAGGAAUGUGUCUAUGGACACAAUUGGGAUAUAAUUACCUUAUAAUUCACAAGACCACUCACAAUUUAAAUGUGUAUAUAUAAGCACAAAACUAAAAAAAGACGCUUAUAGUGUAGUAUUUAAUGCAAAUAAUAAAUAUUAUAAACAAAAUAAAUAAUUAUUAAAAACUAAAUAAAUGUGAGGCACUCAAAAGAACAAAAACAAGUGUACUGACAUAGCUUUGCCCUAUAAGGGCCGCUUACACCCAGAUUCUGAUACUUGGAAUUAUUAACUGAAGUGAUAGCCUCAUUUGCAGCUAAUAUUCAGCUUGAAAGACAGUGACAAUUCCCAGAUUUUACUAGUAACAUGACGUAAAGUCAUGAUUUUAUUAAAGACACGGAGGCGAGUAUUAUGCAUAACUCUUUCUUUAUUUCCUCAGCAGCAAAGAAAGAGAAAUAUAAAUAUUAUCAAAACUGAAGAAAAAACUGUAUAGGCACAACAGGUAGCCAAUCACAGGGUAUAGGAAGUAGCUAUAUAAGUCUUGUGUCUCCCACAAUCCCCCUCUUUCUUGCGAACCGAAGACCAGGUAAGAUGAACGAUGUCCCACUUGGUCGAAACAGGGUAACGGGAAACGAUGCGACAAUUUCAAGCUAAAAAAGAUAGAGAAAUAUGGUAAUUUCUUAAUUCAGAACUGCAAACUUACCAAACAUAGUCUUGGGGAGACACAGGUAAAACAGAGUACUGGAAUAUAAAAACAACAGAAUUAGUACACAACAUAAAGGUACCACAAUCCGUACAAAAGAUGCAAAUCAAACUGAUAGAAUACAGACCAAACUGAAAAACAUACCUGUAGAGCCACCAAGCAUCUCGUAUCCCAACUCCACUCCGGGAGGGUGGGAGGGAAUAAUACUCGCCUCCGUGUCUUUAAUAAAAUCAUGACUUUACGUCAUGUUACUAGUAAAAUCUGGGAAUUUUAUUAAAGACACGGAGGCUCAUAUUAUGCAAGUUCAAAGCUGUGCCACCACACGAGAUGCGACGUGCUCAAUUGGUCUGAAGUAGAAGGCUCGGAUGGUCGAUUCCCGAGACCAAUCCGCUGCUCGCAUAAUGUCCUCCAGGCGACAUCCGACUGAAGAGGCUUUCGAGGCCAUCGCGCCCCUUACAGAAUGAGGCAUAAAUACUGAGGUGUCUAUACCCACGGAGGAUAGCAGCCAGCCCACCCAACGUGCUAGAGUAGGAGUCGAAACCGGCCGGUGAGGUGAUUUAAAGGAUAUGAACAGAUCGUGCAGGUCUGUCAUGCGAAGGGGACGUGUAACAUCCAGAUAGUCCUUGAUGCAAUCCACCGGGCAGAGCGCUGGACAGUCUGAAAACCUAGGGUAUGUAAGUGACUUAGACGCAGACUUGGUCCUCCUGGAAAUGUCAAAGGUGACGCCUUCCGGGGUGAGUGCAACGGCGUCCCAGUCCAGGGCCCGAACGUCAGAGACUCUUCUGCAAGAAAUCAGGCACAGCAACAUAACCAAUUUGGCAGACAAUUGCUUGAGAGUCAGCUCCAAAUUGGGGUACCAUGACGAUAGGAACUGUAGCAUCACGUUGACGUCACAAAAGGCGGCAAAACGAGGUCGAGGAGGACAAGCAAGGCGAAUACCUUUGAGAAGUCGACAGACAAAAGGAUGCUUGCCGACCGGAGAACCGUCUAGACCUUCGUGACCGGCUGAGAUAGCUGAGCGGAAAAGGUUGAUCGUGCGGUAUGCCUUGCCCGAAUCAAAUAGGAACGUGAGGAACUCCAGAAUCAAAGGCAGAGGGGCAGAUACGGGAUCCAUUGCCCGUUCCAUGCACCAACCAGACCAUGAUCUCCAUGAAUGUCGGUAAGCUGUCCGUGUACCCGGGGCCCAGGCGUUAUCGAGGAGUCGGAGAGUUGACUGCGAAACGUCUGGGAUAACCCAAGGUCCCCUGAAAGGAACCACGCUAUGAGGGGUAGCUGAUGCUGCAACACCAGGUCGUGAGAGUUCCCAUCCGGAUCCAGAAGGAGGUCUUGGAAUACCGGAAGCAAACGAGGGUAGUCUAUGGACAGUUCCAUCAGCCGAGGGAACCAUGGGCGAGACCUCCAUAGAGGGGUGAUCAAAGCCAUCCGACAAUCGUGGCGGACCAUUUUCGAGAUCGUGCGUGCGACCCGGUUACCCGGUGGCCAUUCUUGGAGGAAGGCAUCUGUCGCUAUUGCAGCCGGGUCCGGCCUCCAACUGUAGAACCUCGGUAGCUGAGUGUUCAGGCGUGACGCGAAUAGGUCCAACUGGAACCGGCCCCACAACCUGUUCAGGCACAGGAACACUGAAGCGUGUAGAUGCCAGUCCCCGGAGUCCCGUAAGUGUCUGGAAUUCCAAUCCGCCCCCGAAUUGUCCAGAUCUGGGAUGUGUUCCGCCGUCACCGAAACGUUGUUGUAGAGGCAGAACUGCCAAAAAUCCUUUGCCAGAGUCGCCAACAUUUUGGAUUUCGUGCCCCCUAGGUGAUUUAUGUAACGAACUGCUGAUACGUUGUCCAUCUUGAGGAGAACGCAACAAUUCGCCCUCCCCGGGGCAAGGCUGCGGAUCGCGAAGGCACCUGCCAGAAGUUCCAAGCAUUUGAUGUGUAACGACUUCUCUGUGUCGGACCACCUUCCUCCUGUGGAGACGUCGCCACAACGAGCGCCCCAGCCGUGUAAGCUGGCAUCGGACUCUAUCACCACAUCCGGGGCCGAACCGAAGAUGGCUCUUCCGUUCCAUGCCUCCAUGUGCGCCAACCACCACGCUAGUUCGUCCCUGGACUCCUCGUCCAGCGUUAUCCGAGAUUCAUAUGAAUGACCGGAGCGAAGUCGUGAUCCCUUGAGCCGUUGGAGCGCUCGGUAAUGCAGGGGGCCUGGGAAGAUUGCUUGAAUAGAGGCCGCGAGAAGGCCGAUAAUUCUCGCCAGUUGUCUGACCGACAAAUCUGGAACACGGAGGGCCCUCCGAAUUUCCUUCUGGAUGGCUUUUACCUUGGCAUCCGGGAGGAACAGGAACUGUUGGAUGGAAUCCACUUGAAAACCCAGAAACUCUAUGGACUGGGACCGACUUGCUCCAAUUGAUCAGAAAUCCCAACUUCUGCAGAAGAUCGGUCGUCCAUCCCAGGUGUGUGAGGAGAUCCUCUCGUGACUGGGAUAAGAUCAAGAUAUCGUCCAGGUAGAUAAUGAGGCAAACCCCCCGGGUUCGGAGGAAGGUCACCACGGGCUUCAUGAGCUUGGUGAAGCACCAAGGGGCCGAGGAGAGACCGAAAGGCAGGCAGGUGAAGCGCCAACGACGCCCAUGCCAGGUGAAGUGGAGAUAAUCCCGGAACUCCAAAGCGAUGGGGACCGUAAAGUAUGCGUCCUUCAGGUCCAGCUUGGCCAACCGGUCCGAUUGACGUAGGAGGUCUCUGAGGCAGUGUAUACCUUCCAUCUGGAAGUGUUGGUAGCGUAGAAAAGCGUUGAGUGGGCGAAGAUUUAUGACAGAGCGAACACCGCCUCCUUUCUUGGGCACUAGGAAUAAAUUGCUCGUAAAGCCUGGGGCGGCGAACGGCAACUCCUCUAUAGCGCCCUUGGACAGCAUCUCCACCACUUCCGUGGAAAUCAUCUCGUCCUGCUCCGGAGGGAGGGACAGUUCUCUGGGGGAAUAAAACUGGACAGGCAUGGAAACAAACUCCAGACGAAAACCCCUUACACAUUGUAAAACCCAAGCAUCUGAGGUGAUCUUUGCCCAUUCUUGACAAAAUAAGGCCAGUCUCCCCGCCACCUGAACUUGAGCGUGAGGGAAAGAAAGGGUACUCACCGUAAGGACGUCUGCCGGGGGUACCACCGCGGGGGUAUCUGGAUCCCCAGGCCCGACCUCUUGCCGGGAAGAAGGGAGGGGCUCUCUGUUCCUGAAAUCCUCUCGAGGGAAAGAAGGAACCUCUGGUUGCGCGGAAUGCGCCUCGGAAACCACGGCCGGGUGGACGGUUCCUGCUACGCCCGGCCCCUCCGAAAACCUUAGGCGCGAACACGCGCUUCAUGUUCGCCUGUGCCUUGUCAAUAGCCGUAAAGGUCUUGACAUAAGCACCCAUAUCCUUAACGAAGGACGUGCCAAACAGGAGACCCUCCUCAGUUGGAUCAGGCUCCGCCACAGUCAUAGCGGCCAAUUUAGGGUCGAUCUUCAGGAGGAUCGCCUUGCGUCUUUCUGUAGACAUGGCCGUAUUGGCGUUCCCCAGUAAGCAAAUAGCUCUUUGGACCCAACCAAUGGCCACAUCCACGUCCAGGACGGAGUCCCCGGUCCUGGCAGCAUCCAAAAGCUCGUAAAGCUUGGAAAGGGGGCCUAGGGUAUCCAGGAUCUUGUCCUGGCAGCUUUUAAGGGAGUGGUCAAGGCCCUUCUUGGGCUUCCAUCCUGACUUAUUCAGGAAUUGAGCAAUUUGCGGGUCAAUGUCCGGGGUUUUGCAAGCCGCGCCCGGGAGGGACGGGCGUGGGCACUCGGCGCGCAAUUUAUUGCGGCCUUCCCUAGAAAGUGGCGUGCGGAUACGCUUAGCCACAUAUUGGGCGAUGUGAUCUGGGGGAACCCACUCGGCGGACCGAGGAUGACGUAGGUCGUCUGGGUCAAACAGGGGGUUGCCCUGUGGGUCAAGGAUCGAGGUGUCACCCCCCGGGGGAGCAAGUGAGGGGCCCCGGGUAUUGGCGGAGGACCCGGAGGGGUUCACGCCCGUAAGGGGCAAAUCCUCGCCAGAAUCAUCAUGAUCAAAGGAGUCGUACUCCAUAGCGUCGGACUCAUCCUCCACACUCCGGUCGGUAUCCGACCCAAUAUCAUGGGCUCUAGCCCUUUUCCAUAGUCUAGCCUUUUUAGCCCGGCCAGGGGCUCUUUUGCGCGUGGGGUGCGCGCCAUCUGAGACCGCCUCAGGCGUGUCAGUCAUGGCAGGUAAAACCUGCAUCGAGGAGUGGGAGCCGACAUGUUUGGAUUUAGCCUUUGCCUUACGGGCUCCAGGCACGGUUUGAGCAGGGGAGAGGGCAGGGGUGGCCAUGGCAGGUAAAAUCAGAGAGUGCAGGGACUGGGAAAAAUUUGAGGAGACAGCUCCCAUGGCUGAGGCGAUAGCCUUCUGGAUGGAGGAAGCCAUAGUGGCCUCUAACAUGGCUUGGAACUCUUGGGAGGCCAUGGCACCAUCAGUAUUAUCUAAUUGGAAGUCCCCUGGGGGACCAACAGGCCCAUCACCCCUAUCCUGCAUGGUAGUGACAGUGGGGGACAGAAUAGACAGACCAAUGAGAAUUUAAAUAGAAAAAAUAAUAAUUAAUGCAAUGGAAAUUAUAUAGGGAGCAAUGAACUGACUACAAACAAAUAAGGCUGAAUAACACCAGGGUGUUAGCUGGGAGGGAGAGGGAAGGGUUGAUUAACCCACAAGGAAAUACAGAAAAACAAACGUUUUGGCUGGUGUCCCCAGGGAGCAGGGCUACGAGGUGGCCGUUCGCACGGCAGCACUGGGAGGAAUACAAAAGACCGCCCCCAAAAUGGCCGCCGCACGAGGGAGGCACACGAGGAAAACACUCGGCGGGGGAAGGGGCUCGUGCACCCGCCCACCGAGCCGACACGCUAUCUGGAGCAAGGGGGGAGGAGAGAAACGUGUACACCGCCGUGGUCGCGAGGAGAUCGCGGCCGCGGCACAGCAGGUCGGGUCCUGUGCAGAAGCACGGGUAGGAGAGGGGAUAGAGGAGGGGGGUGGUGGGGACCGCCCGGACGGGGCAGUGACACACCCGCGGGCCCAGAGGGGAGACACCAGCCGAGGAAAACAAAAAAUAAUCAGAACAACAUCAAAAACCAAUGCAAAAAUAAUAAAACAAAUAACAAUAAAACAGCAUGUAAAUCAUAACAGGAAAACACACUGUAAGACAAGUCAAAAUGGAAUCACAAUGCAAGCCAGAGAUCAGAGAAAACACUUAUCUGUCUGAGGAAUCAGCAAAGAAAGAGGAGGAUUGUGGGAGACACAAGACUUAUAUAGCUACUUCCUAUACCCUGUGAUUGGCUACCUGUUGUGCCUAUACAGUUUUUUCUUCAGUUUUGAUAAUAUUUAUAUUUCUCUUUCUUUGCUGCUGAGGAAAUAAAGAAAGAGUUAUGCAUAAUAUGAGCCUCCGUGUCUUUAAUAAAAUUAGGACUGCAAGGACUCAGCUCAGUGAUUUCAGUAUUUUCUAAGUGAAACCUAGUAAGACAACCAGUAAAAUUGCUGAAUUUGAUGUGAUUUCUGUUUAUUCUUUUCUUGUAGACUGGAUCAUUCACUGGGAAAACCUCGUCUUUUCCUACCAGGUACAAGUCUUUCAGCAUGUUUGUGUUGUGUUAGGUUGUUCCACGAUAGCCUGCGUUUGUGUCUGGACCCUGCGUUUGUGUCUGGACCCUAUAACUAGUUCAGCAUUAUACAAUGCUGCAAACAUCAUACAGAUGGGUUAUUAAAGUAUUCCAACUUUGAUACCCAGCCCUGUACACGAAGUGUGUUCAACUAUUUAAAUGCUGAUAGACAGCAAUGUACACAAGACUGUCCAGCAAUUCCAACACUGAUGCCCUUCACUGUACACAAAAAAGUUAGCUAACCAAAACCGGGGAAAGUGUUCAGGAUAGUCCUAAGGCAUUCAGAGACAAACAUCUGUAUUUUAUUUCACAAAAUAUAUCACUCUCAAUUUAACAAGACAAUUCCUUAACCCCUUAAGAACACAUGACGGAAAUAUUCCGUCAUGAUUCCCUUUUAUUCCAGAAGUUGUGUCCUUAAGGACUGACAACUGUCAGUCAAUCUGAAUGGUUCUGAACUUUCUGGUGCUCAUUUUGAAUUUUAUCAAAUAAAUGCUGAUGAUAAUGAUUGGCACCUGACAACAAUUAAGCUACAUGGAGUUUGGCCAAACAAGUUGUACACAGAUAUGAAAUAGUUACACAUGAGAUAAAUACAUGAAAGCAAAUGACAAUGUGAGCUUAACAAUAGAAAAUCACUGCUGUUCUUUUACUAAAGGGACCCUGCACGUCCCAAAUACAAAAAAAUGCAUUUUAGUAGAUAUACCCCCAAUGAAAACAUGCAUGCAUUUCAUUAUGCCUUUUUUUCAUUGGGGGUAUAUCUAAAAACAGUGCAAAAUCUGCAACUCUCUUGUCUGCAGCCUUUGCAAGCCCUCCCCUUCUAACCCAGCCAGGACGUUAUAUGGCUGUCCAAUCACAAAAUUACCUAUGCAGCUCAGUGAGAAGUCGAUGCAAGGCAAGUGCUCUGAGCUAUUUUUCCCUCCUGAGUUUAGCUCCUCUGAACUAAACAAACGAGGAAGUAACAUGGCUGGUUGUCUGAUUGACAGCUAGGGGGGUGUAACAAGGUUCAUUUAUACAUUUUCUAAUUUCUGUGGAAAUCUGCACAUUUUAUAAAAUGGGAAAAACUUUUUAAUUCAGCAAACUGAAGUCCUUUAGGUGCUUGGAGUGUUUAACACAAACAUUGCUGUCUAUAAUGUGAAUGGGUGAGCAGGGAAAACGUAGCACCUUUUCAGGGAUUGAUCAAUAUCCAUAUUCUAUACUUUGCAUUGGGUAUGGGUUGUGGAUUUGUUCUACAUUUGUUCUAAUUCAGAUGCAUACAUUCAGAGAGAUUUACCAAAUUUACCCUCGAAUAGCCAUUUGUAAAUAUAUCAUUUGCAAAUCUGAUGAAAAUCUAGUGAUUUUUGCAGGCAAUUGCUAUUUCAGAAUCUAUUCUGACUUUAGUGAAUAAGAGAAGUCCAUGUAACUAAAUUUACAGUAUAGGGUGCAGGGGGACAACAGGAGGCAGACAAAAUGCAAAUUAUACUCUUGUCCUGUUUCCCACAGAGAAAGGACUGGAUAAGGGAUUUUAUACUGUUGGUGCAAGGCUUAUGCGUCUAGAGGACAAGGUAAUAAAAUAAAUAUAUAUGGAAUAAACAACAGAUGUGUAUAUGUCUAUGUACUGCACAGAGUGAUGCAUUAUAUAUAAAUAGUUUUGCAUACACUGACUCAUUGUACCUUCUGUUUUCACUAUGUAUGUCCUCACUCUAACUCCUCUUCUUUCUCCAGUCAACAUGUCCCUAACAAACCCUCCUAUCAUUCCAUUUAUUACUCCUUUAACCCCUUAAGGACCGAACUUCAGGAAUAAAAAGGAAUCAUGACAUGUCACACAUGUCAUGUGUCCUUAAAGGGUUAAAAUCCCUCUUAUUGCAACAUACAACUUCUACUUAGAAACCCUUCUCUUGCACCUUAUACUCAAUAUAACACCUGCCUCUAACUCUUUAUAUUAUCUAAACUCCUCCUAUUGCUAUAUAUAAUGACUGUUCUCUAUUUGUAACUUCUUAUAUUACUUUAUAUAACGUCUCCUGUAUAGCCUCUUCUUGUAAUUCCUCCUAUUGCUCUGUGUAACUCCACCUAUUGUGCCAUGCAGUGGUUUUUAAAUAACUCCUCCUAUUGUGUCUUGCCAACCUACCAAUAAGUUUUUCUGCUAUAGUCCCGCACCUCUUAAUUUCUCACCUACUGGAAGUAAUUGUGCAUUCUGUAGAAAAUAAUUACUAUUACGAAUGGUCUUAAUGCAGCUCUGUAAUACAAAUGUUUUCCUAAAAUCCUUAGGAAAAAGCUAUUUGUGCUCUCACUAACAAUGCAUUAUACUUUAUUACACCUACUUCCUGAUAGCCUGAAUCAUUGCACACUUUAUGGCCCAAUGUGUGCGCUGCCAUGACUCUUGCAUCUCAAUGCAGAGCCUAUUCUUCCCCUCUUUUCUCCUUCACUCUUUAUCCCUUCUGCUGUCAUGUCAUUCUCCCUGACACUUUGUGACCGUUUCCCAAAGCUGACUAGCAGACAGCAGCACUCAUGCAUGGGGUCAGCAUCCAGCUGGAACCUCCCAUACCUCUCCUCUUGUUCUCUGCAGCAAAGGAGAAUCAGUGAGGAGUUUAAAUUUGCUUUAAUUGUGAGUCUGUCCUGCCCACUGAGCUGGAACAAGCUCUGUUCUCUUGGCAGUACCACAGGCCUGGCACAGACAGGGUGCUGGAAAGUCUGAGCGCAAGUAUUGUCCGGGUGAAACACAGGCAGAGAAUGUCCCAGACACCCAGGCCAAAAAGCAGCCAACUAAACUUGGUCCCAUUCGUUUAUCCCACACAAUAAAUUUCACUAAUUAUUCCUCUGUCACUCAGGAGCUUGUCCCAAACUCACCCUGUGCUUUGUGGGAGUAA